CUUCGCUCCCGGUGCUGCGCGCUCGCCGCCAUGCCCUGACAUUUUCCUCUCCGGCGGGCCGCCCAAAAGCACCACUGCUACUGACGAUUGCGGCAGUCCGCGGGAUUCCGCCGGUGCACCGUCGUUCGGCGCGAAACAUGUGAGAGACAUUCCGGAGUGUCGGUGGCCGCGGCGGGACGCGCGCGCGGACGCUUCUCGGUGAACGCGAAGAAUGCGAAGUGCGAUAACGGCGCGAGGAACGAGUGCUACCUGUGACGUGUUCCGGAGGGAGUGGGGGAGUCGUCGUGGUGUGUUCGUGCGGGCCUAAUUUCAAUUAAUGAUCUCCGUGCUUCCAUCCGAUUGAGUCGCCGUGACGAAAGGAAGGCUCGAGUGCGGAAGAUAGCGCGAAGAAAGUGAGAGAGAGAGAAAGAAGACGACGUUACGACGAGGAGGAAAGGGGAAGAGAGAGGGGUAGAAGGACGACGCGCGACACACCGCGCCGGUGGAUGCAAUUUACGAGCACGGAGAAUGCCAGCACCUGCAGCACGCGGUGAAAUAUCGACAGCCCUUCUCGUCGCGCGCGAUAUAAUAAGAAGAGACGUCGGGAACGGCGAGAGGAGCUGCCCGCGAAGAGAUGUUAAUGGAGCCGGCUCUCUCGCGCUGGCGCGUCGUCGCUCCGAAAUGCAUUCUUUCGAGAGAUCUCGCUGCAGUGCUCGGGAGACCGCGCGCCGACGCGGUUGAUAAGCUUCAUCUCGUACGCGCGAAGUACGAUCGUCAAUCAAGCGGGCUGUUCAUCCUUAACGCGCGUCUCGGCUAUAGUUAUAAUUAAACUCUCGGCCGAGGUUGCGCGCGCGACGCCGCGUUGGAGAGAGAGAGAGAGAGUGCGUCGAGGCCGAGGAAACCCGCCGCCUGGCCGCGCCGUCACGAUAGUGAAAGUUAACCAAAAGUAAAUCAGCUGUGAUAAGUUACGUAAUCGAAUUAUCUAUGAUAAACCUAUCGCGCGGACACAACCGCGUGUAACAUAUAUAACUAUUUAUCGGCGCGGAAGAAAGGGAAAGAGAGGGAGAAGGACGAUCCCGGGUCGAGCAAGUCGAUCCGUGAGAAGGAGACGCGGAAGGAGGAUCUCCGAACCGAUUUCACGGCGCAACGGAAAAGUCGCGUGCAGCGCGGGAUCCCCGCGUUAAAUUUCGCGGCCCGGGAGAGUCGCGAUAACACUGCGGCUUCCGGCGGGAAAAAGAAAGACUUCGUCGGACGCGCGCCGAGCGAGUUAACGAUAAGCUUCCCGACGAGGCUCGUCGGGAGGGGACGGAGGGGGGAAAAAAAACGAAAAACGUAGUGAUCCGGGGGAAAAUGGAGCUGGUGAAAAGCGGCGCUAUCGAGAUGCUGUCUCGCCGGAGUGUAGCGAUAAAGGAUUACAGUGCCGAGAACGGCGAGGAUGGGGACGAGGAGCGAUGCGACGAGAGCGAUCGGACGUCCCUCAAGAUCGACCUCUCGAUGGCGGAGCAGUUCUACUAUGAGGUUAUCUCGUCGUUCGAACAGGAGGAGAAAAUAUGUGUCUUCCAAAAGUCCCUCGAGGAUCUCUCCUCGCGGAUGGCCGGCGCCGAGGCGAUCCAGAGCGGCUGGCAGAAUCCAAACGACGCGAACGAGGCGACGGAAUUGCUCGAACAGUUGCAGAAAUUCGGCGAGCGGCUGGUGCCUAUCCAGAGGAACAUCGAGGACGCGAACGACCAGGCGAGCGUCUUCGCGUCGAGCAGCGUCAUCGUUUCUCACGCUUUACUGGCGAAACUCGAAGAUCUGAACACCAGGUGGAAGGUGCUGCAAGUCGCAGUUGACGAGCGUUACAAGUUGCUAAGCGGAUUCGGGAAGGAUGGCAGCACUCCGGGUAGUCAGGCUUUCCUCGCGAGCAGCGUAGAACCACCAUGGGAGAGAGCCCUCACACCCGCCAAAGUGCCUUACUAUAUCAACCAUCAUUUGGAGACUACGCAUUGGGAUCAUCCGAAGAUGAUAGAGCUGAUGUCUUCUCUCGCGGACCUAAACGAGGUUCGCUUUUCCGCGUACCGAACCGCUAUGAAGCUGCGCACCGUGCAGAAGCGACUGUGCCUGGACAUGUUGAGCCUGGCUACCGCGUUGGCACAGUUUGAUUCACACGGGCUCCGAGCACAGAACGACAAACUGAUCGACAUCCCCGACAUGGUAACAGUACUGACAUCGCUGUACGAAGGAAUCGCAGCGGACAACCCGGCACAGGUGUCCGUGCCGCUGUGCAUUGACCUGGCCAUCAAUUGGCUCCUCAAUGUGUACGACAGCCAACGAACCGGCCAGAUCCGAGUACUUUCAUUCAAAGUCGGACUAGUCUUGCUGUGCAAGGGGCAUUUGGAGGAGAAAUAUAGAUAUCUGUUCCGUCUGAUCGCGGACCCCAACAGGCUGGUGGAUCAGCGCAAGCUGGGUCUGCUGCUGCACGAUUGCAUACAGGUGCCGAGGCAACUGGGCGAAGUCGCGGCAUUCGGGGGAUCGAACAUCGAGCCCAGCGUGCGCAGCUGCUUCGAGAAAGCAGGCAAGGACAAGAACGAGAUCGAGGCGGUGCACUUCUUGAGCUGGCUGCAGCAGGAGCCGCAGAGCAUGGUGUGGCUGCCCGUGCUGCACAGACUGUCCGCAGCGGAAACCGCCAAGCACCAGGCCAAGUGCAAUAUAUGCAAGGAAUAUCCCAUCAUUGGGUUCAGGUACCGCUGCUUGAAAUGCUUCAACUUUGACAUGUGCCAGAAUUGCUUCUUCUCGGGACGCAAGGCGAAGAAUCAUAAGCUGACUCAUCCGAUGCAGGAGUACUGCACGGCGACCACGUCUGGCGAGGACGUGCGCGACUUCACACGGGCGUUGCGCAACAAAUUCAAGUCCAAACGCUACUUCAAGAAACACCCUCGAGUUGGCUAUCUGCCCGUGCAGACUGUCCUCGAGGGAGACGCGCUAGAGAGCCCGGCGCCUUCGCCCCAGCACAGCUCGCUCAGCCAGGACAUGCACUCCCGGCUGGAGAUGUACGCCUCUCGACUCGCCGAGGUCGAGCUGUCGCGCACACGGAGCAACUCCACGCCGGACAGCGACGACGAACAUCAGCUGAUAGCGCACUACUGUCAGAGCCUGAACGGCGGCGACAACGUCAACAUGCCGAGAAGUCCGGUCCAGGUGAUGGCCGCGAUCGAUGCCGAGCAGAGGGAAGAGCUCGAGGCGAUGAUACGAGAGCUCGAGGAGGAGAACGCGACGCUGCAGGCGGAAUACGAGAGAUUGCGCUCCAAGCAGACACCGGGAUCCACGCCGGAGGACGGUCACAGCACCAGGCAGCCCGAUUGUGAUAUGAUCGCGGAAGCUAAGCUUCUGAGGCAGCACAAGGGAAGGCUGGAAGCGCGCAUGCAGCUGCUCGAGGACCACAAUCGCCAACUGGAGGCGCAGCUGCAGAGACUCAGACAACUUCUGGACGAGCCGAACGCGUCUUCACCAUCCAAGACCGGGACUUUGCAAACUCGCAGUGUAACGGCAUCGCAACUGGCGACCGACUCUCCGGCGAAGAUGAACGGCCAUUACCAUGAUUCUCCAGGUGGUGGAGGCUCAAGCGAGGGCAGAGUGAGCAGUUUAGAGAGGCCACCACCGCCGCCGCAUUCUCACAGUGUCGCCCACAAUGUGGGCAAUCUCUUGCACAUGGCAGGCGACUUAGGCAAAGCUGUGGGCGAAUUGGUGACGGUCAUGACGGAGGACACAUCGAAGACGAAUGGACAACGAGCACCACCACCUGCUUUCAAAUAACGAUCGCGACGACAUCAGCAACAACCGACGUCAUCGACGACGAGCGAUGUCGGCAAGUCUCGAGGUAGACCCGAGCUUGCGCUACAACCCGAAUACACGUUGUGAAAAACAUUAAUCGUAAUCAUCGACCAAUAACAAGUCUGGCUCUAACGCAUAUCAGAGACAAGUACAUGGUAUAUCUGCCGCGCAAAUGCAGGGUCAGGGGACCCGUCCCACUGGUGGUUUUGGGUAUUUUAUAAGUUUUGAUAUACGUCAUUGUAUAGCUGAAUUAUAUCGAAUAAGACGAUUAUGGUUUGGCUUUACGGCGGUCCCCUGAGAGUAACUUUACUACAUAUUGACACGUCAUAUCAUGAAAUUAAUCGUAAUGAGAAAUCAAUUGUUAUGCUUGCUAGCUAAACUAUACGAACAGAUUAAAGAUUAAAAAAAAAAGAUAAAUAAAUAAAUAAAAGAUAUAAUGAGUAUAAAGGAUACACACGGAAGGAAAAAAAAAAAAUAUCAUCAUUAACAAUGCAUGCAAAAGCAAUGUAUCAAAUCACAUAAUCUAUAUAGGUCGUAGCUUAUAUUUACAUACCCAUUCUGUUCACUGCCACGGGCUCUUCCUCGACGUAACUUACACAAUGUACAUGUUUGCGACUCUAGACGACACAUAACGGGAAAUAGAACAGAAAUAAAUCCACACCCGACCAUUCUGUAUCUCCCAUCCCUCUUCCCGCCCCUUCCUCUGGCGCUCUUGGAGCUCACAUCAAUAAACACGGAACCUUUUAUAAUCGAUGAUGAUAAAGCAGAACGACGCGCAUUACAACUUUCAAGUUUAUUUUUUACCCAGUUACGUGAUUUUUCAUAUUUUCUAAAUGAAUUUAAAAAAACGGCAAUGUCUAUUAUUUAAGCCUGCCGAAUGUUACUAUAUCUAAGAGUAUAUGAAUAAGUACCUAACUAACAAACUUGUAGGCUGUAUUCUGAUAUGUAAUAAAGUUGUCUAGAAAAUAUUUGAGCGCGAUAUUAUUGACAUGCGAGCUGCUCACUGUGGUUCUGUUAUUCAGUGAUUGGUCUGCACACACACACACACACACACACACACACAUGUAUACACAUCCAUACAUAAUCAGCCAUCUCAAACGGAUAAUUUUUAUAUUCUAAAUGCGAAGUAUACACGCACACACAGACACACACGCGCACAUAUAUAUACAUAUACAUUUCUUUACGCAUAUCACAGAUGCCAUAAGUUGAUAAUGAUGCUAUUGUGUCAGUUCUGAUGAGGAUGCCGCUUGCGAAAUGUAAAAUAUACAUAUCUUCGCGAAAGGAGAAAAGUGAGAAAAGAAAGAAAGAAAUAUCAUAUUUUACCAACUUGACGAGCAUCGUGUACGAGCACCACGAAUUGUUAUUCGCCGUCGUUAAGUCACGAGAAGAUUAAUUUCACCGGACAGAGUAUAAAACGAUUGAAUACGUUUCCAAGCUCCAGUCUGUAGUUUGUUGAACGAUUGUUGGUUUUGCGAUUUCAUACAUUAAUAUAACUCAUUAAAGUCUAGAGAUAUUAGUCAUAUAAAAAGUUAUAUACUGCGUAAAACAUCAAACAGGUAACUACGUUGCUUGUAAUAUAUUGUAAUAUGACUGAAAUGAUAUGGGACAAAAUGCUUAAAUAAAAAUAAUACGAUAUA